AUGCUGACAUUGCUGCUUCUCUUGCAGGACGUAUUCGCCAUACUGUUGGCAGCAUACCAUCCUCGCAUCAACCUACUCGGCGUUUCUUCAGUCUUUGGAAACGCAUCGCUAAGGCAAGUCCCGGCCGACCAUACCACCUGGAAUGCCGCGUCUGUCCUCACAGCCAUUGGCAAAGAGAAACAAGUUCCCCUUUACCGAGGCGCCGCCAAGGCCCUAGAACGCCCUGCUGUUCAUGCCCCCGAAGUCCAUGGCGAAUCCGGUCUAGAGGGAACCUUUCUGCUACCCAAGCCAGAAUGCGAGCCUGUCGAGAAGGAUGCUGUUGAAGCCAUGUUCGAGGCUCUCAUGGCCCAGCCAGAGGAGACAGCGUGGCUCGUGGCCACUGGCUCCCUCACCAACAUCGGCGUCCUGUUGCGCAGGUACCCCCAGAUCAUAUCCCGCAUCAAGGGAAUCAGCAUCAUGGGCGGCUCCUUGGGAGAGGGCUUCUCAGACGCCAUACUGGGCCACGCCGAUGACAAGGACCGCAUCGGCAACAUCGGGUUCUGGGCAGAGUUCAACAUCCUCAUCGACCCCGAGGCAGCCGCCGAAGUGUUCCAUAACAAGGAGGUCGCCAAGAAGACGACGCUGGUGCCGCUCGAUCUAACCCAUCAGGUUCUGGCCACAAACGACGUGCGAAACAUGCUACUGUACGGGCCGGGCGGCAAUAACGAGGGCAAGGGUAAGACGACCUUGAGAGAUAUGCUCGUCGAAUUAUUAUAUUUCUUCGCGGAAACAUAUGCGAACGUCUUCGGCAUCGCAGAAGGGCCACCGCUGCACGACCCCAUCGCCGUCGCUGCGGUUCUCAUCGGGACGUCCGACGAGAUCCCCUUUUCAGAGUGGCACGAAAAGAAGAGCACACACCCCAAGCACAACGAGCGCUUCGAUGUGACCAUCGUCACGGAGGGGACCUUUGAAGAAGCCAGGGCGGGCACCAAACAGACAGGGCGCACCAUUGCCAAGGCCUUGCCUGCCGGAGAGGAAGGCGUCAGAAUACCUAGAAGUGUGGACGUCGCCCGGUUCUGGCAGGAGAUUGAAGCCUGCGUUUCGCGCGCCGACACAGUCAACAAGAAGAAUGAUAAGGCCUUUUGGACAGAGUAUAAACCGUGA